CACACAGACAGACACGAAAGGACCGGAUAUACUUCAAAACGGAUAACCAUUGCCUCACGUCACUCGAUGGGUACAGCUGGGUUUUAAUAUCUCAGUAUCAAUCUGUGUGCAUCGCAUGACCAUUGUACAAUAAUACCGUUCCAGUUCUUGGAUUUUGUGAAGCCGAGUAUUUUGCUAGGAGGUGUAAAGAAUUGAGUCUUGUGGGAAGAUCACCGAUAACAACAGCGGCCACGGUAAUUUAUAUGUCCAAUGAGAUAUUUGGGCUUGGGCCGACUUAAAACCUUUGACCUUUGCUAUUAAAACCGGGAUUAAUGAAGAAACGAAAUACUACGUCAGAACAAAGGGAUGAUUAAGAAACCCUGCUUGGACUUUCCUUCUGGUAGUUAAGGUAGUACAGGAAGGUAAAGUGAGGUUUGAAAGAUAUGGUUGCAAUUUAUAUAGGGCAUUAGCUUAUUGCCAAGGACAUUUAGAAUUGGGAGUUUGGUAUAUUUUCGACACAUAUUUAUUAUAAAACCCUAUCUGCAAAUGACUUGUACUCUAUAACUGACAGACGUAUCUCAAGGGCUAUGGUACUCUUUCUCUAUGUGCUUGUGGUUCCGUUUCUGUUUGCGGCAUCUUCAGCAACAUCACAAGUCGCACUCAUCAGCCAAAUUCGAAUCGCCAAUUGUUCAGACAUGAAUGCAGACAAGUACAAACACCACGAAAAACAACUCGCCAGCCUCGCCCAUAGGAUACGUCACAAGUACAAGGUGAGUAUUGGGGAAUUGACAUUUUUGGCAUCUUUUCUCGUCAACUUUGUGGUGGGUAAGUUGAUCCACUUCACCUCACAAAAGGAAGAGGUGUACAACUACUACAACGAUAAAAACAACGUUUUCAACCAGCUUUUUGUCAAACGUGGCUGGUUUUGGACUACAGUGGUGAUGGCCGCUUUCUAUGGCAGUGUCUUCUACGGCAAACAUCCCCAGCUUGGUACCAACCGGUUUCCCGUGGCAAAAAACGCCAUCAUCAGUUAUACAAUUGCCACCGCAUGGUGGAUUUUGUUCACCCAGUGGUGUUUUGGUGUGCCCAUCAUGGACAAGAUCUUCCUAUGGACGGGCGGGAGAUGUGUCAGUGUGGCUGAAGAUCGGUUAGCUCAUCAUCUGGAGUUUUUCAAUAAAGUCGAGGAUUUGUAUGAGUCGACGGUGGUAGGGUCCAAGGUGUGUCGCCAACUUCGUGGUAACUGGGAGGGUGGACAUGAUCCCUCGGGACAUGUGUUUUUGUUGAUCCAUUCGUCUCUUUAUAUGUUUUUUGAAACGGUUCCGUUUUGGCGCAACUGGACUCAUGUGAGAACCACCUUGGGAAAAUUGAAGCAGGACUUGAGUGUCAGCGACAACAGGACCAUUACUGUUGGUCGAUUUUUCCUCCACAACCCCUGGAUUCCCGUGGGCAUGUUGAUUUUGUUGUGGUGGUUUAUGCUCUUGAUGACGAAUGUGUAUUUUCAUUCAAUUUUGGAAAAGCUUGUGGGGUUGCUCUUUGGGUACGCCAUCAGCUUGGUAUACCUUUUACCGCGCCGGCGAGCGACAACAGGUGGCAAUUAACGUGGAAAUGUACUCAAGAUGUGAUUAAGGUCUCUAACAAAGAGAUGUGUACUCUCCAACAAAGAGAUGUAUACUCAUAUCUCCAAAAGGAGAUGUACUCAUGAUAUGCUCAAGGCCUCUAACAAAGAGAUGUGUACCCUGUCACAAAAAGAACAUUUCGUUGCACAUUGUCUCAGGCUUCUAUAUUUCUUGUGUAAAAACCAGGUUUCGGAAGUACGAGAAUACGAAACUGAACAAACAAACUCAUGUACAGAUGCCGCAUCCACAAUUAAAUAUCCGCUUCGA